AUGUCUUCUGAACCAGAUCUUAAUUCAUAUGUAGAAUCACCUAUAGAUGCAAAAUCUCCCACUUUCCCAACUAAUAAAAGUGUACCUUUUUUAAAUAAACGAGAUAGUUACCUUUUAGAUGAAACACUAUCGGAUAAAUGUUCGAGGAAUCUCUCAAUUAUAGCAAAUUCUUUCUCUGUUGCUAAACAAGUGUUCAAAGAUUUGAAACAUGAAGAUUUGUCUGAAAAGGGAUUGAAUGUAAUUAAAGAAGGUGAAGAAUUGAUGGAAGAAAUCAAAAAAUUGUUGUUCAGAGACUCGGAUGAAGAUAAAGUAAAUCCUAGAUUUCAAAGAUUCGUCGAAGAGUCCGAGGAUUUUGAAAAUUUUGAAAAUUGUCUUUGGACGAUUGGAGUUUUUAUUAGUGAUACCGAGAUUGAGGUUCAUGAAAGAAUUGGCCGUCAAAUAGAUGAAACAAUUAAAUCAAUUGAUAAAUUGAAAUUAGCAAUCAACAAUUGGGGUGCUUCCCAAAAAGGUUGGAAGCUAAUUAGAAGUAGAACUUUAUCCCUUGUCAGAUUUCUUUCAAUUCCUAAGAAACGAUUUGAAAGUAAAAAUAAGAUUACAGAAAACGAUCUUUCAGAGGUUAAGUCUGUUAGAGGAAGUAAAGAUCAUAUAUUUGAACGAAUUUAUAAAAAGUCUAUUAGAGUUGCUGAAAAGAAUAUUGGUCAAGAUAACGAUGAUCGUUUGGAAGAAUUAAAAAAAGAAGUUAAAUUUAUGAAAGAUCUUCGUGAAUGUUCAAAUAUUCUUGACUUCUAUGGAUACUGUCGUCGAUCCGAUAACCUUUUUGUAGUUACAAGAUGGGUAGAUUAUAACUUGCAAACUUACCUUACUGAACAUCGCGCAGAUUCUAAUUUAACUCUAGCUGACAAACUCUUAAUUGCUCGUGGAAUUGCUAAUGCAUUGAAUUAUUGUCACGAGAGAGAUAUUUUACAUCGUGAUAUUAGAACGUGGAGUUCACCAGAGAAAAUUCGUGGUGAAAAUUACACUAAAGCUAGCGAAGUAUACAGUUUCGCUUUAGUCAUGUGGGCGAUUGAAUAUCAACAACUACCCUUUAAUACCUUAAUGGAGGAAGAUAUCAAACUUCAAAUUCUUGAUGAAAAACGUCCUGAACUUACAUCAAAAGAUAGCGAAUAUCAAAAAAUUAUUGAAAAAUCAUGGUCUCAAGAUCCUUCUCAACGUCAUGAUAUUAGAACAAUCCUUGAUCAUCUGAAUAAACUAAUAAAUUCUUCUGGUCAGGAUACUGAUGACGAUUCUGAUAAAAUUGCAAAUAUAGAUCUAGCAAUAUUAAGACGUCCGUCCAAUCGACGUAUAAUAUCUUCUUCAACUUCUUCAACCACUCCAAACACUCCAACCUUCCCAAACACUCCAACCUUCCCAAACACUCCAACCUCCCCAGCCACUCCAUCCUAUGAUUAUAUAGAAAAAGGUAUUGAACUUCAUAACAACAAGAAAUACAAUGAAGCGUGGGAUAUAUUUCAAAAAUGUUAUAAUCUCAGACAAGAUGAUCCAAAUACAAAUUUAUGGAUGGGUGUUUAUUUACUUAAAGGAUAUGGAGAUGUUAAACCAGAAGUUCAAAGAGGCUUGAGAUACCUUAAAAAAGGAUCAGAACUACAACAUCCGGAAGCACAAUAUCAGUACGCGUUAGCUUUGCUAAAUAAACCUGUUGUAUUUGAGGAGGGAGAUAGAUACGUGACUGCGAUGAGAUAUUUGGAAAAAGCUUCAAAGCAGGAUCAUUAUUCUGCAUUGGAACAAUGGGGAAAGAUUGUGUUAAGGGGAAAAUAUUAUCAAAAACCGGAUCCUAUCCUUGGAAAACAUUUGAUUGAGAAAGCCAAUAAGAUUAAAAUGGAAACUAGAAGAAAUACACGUGUUAUUGCUACUUAG